AGCCCUCCCGCCCGCCGCCUCUUCCUCCUGGACCCCCGGCGAGGCUGCCUUUAGCCGCUGGGCGUCCUCCUCGCCGCCGCGGAGCCAGGAGGGGAGCGGGAGCCGCUCGAUCCCUGCCAUGGCUGGGCUAUAGGCUUUCCCUCCUGGACGCACCGUCGCCGCUGCUUUGCGGGAAGAUGCCUCCCAAAGGCUUCGCCGGGUUCUGGCUGCUGCUUCUGCUGAAGGCUGCACCUGUGGCAUGUGUGGGUCAAGCGGGAGGUGUGACCCCAAAGCGCCUCCUUCCCUCUCUGCACUCGGAAUUGCUGGACUUGACAGACAACAGCGAAUAUGAUAUUGUGACAGCAUAUGAAGUAGACCAAAAGGGGGAUUAUAUAAGUCAUGCAGUUGCACAUCAUGAAAGGAGAAAGAGGUCCACUUCAGAAGGAAAAAAAGACUCACUGCACCUCCGUUUCCAUGGGUUUGGCCAUGACUUCCAUCUUGACCUAAAGACUUCUGAUUUUCUUGUGGCCCCUGGAUUUACAAUACAGACAUUGGGCAAGGGAAGAACCAGCUCAAUACAUACAUACCCAGAGGAAGACUUUUGCUUUUAUCAAGGAGUCUUGCGAUUGCACAAAAACUCAUCAGUAGCACUUUCAACAUGUGGAGGUUUGUCAGGUUUGAUAAGGACGCAGGAAGCUGAUUACUUGCUGAAACCACUACCUUCAAAUCUUGCACUUAAACAUAACUACUCUGCACCUCAUGGUCACCACUCUCACGUACUGUAUAAGAGAUCUACUGAGCCUCUGCUGGCAAUCAAUAAUGAGGUAACUGUGAAUGAUGAGAGACAAAGGGAAAUGGAUGCUCACCAUAAUGUUUUCCAAGAAACUCAGCAACAGCAUCGCAAUUCCGAGCGGCAGCACAAACAGCACUUUUGUGGGAGGCGCAAGAAAUAUAUGCCCCAGCCUCCAGCUGGAGACACCUAUAUCUUACCAGAUGAAUAUACAUAUCUGUUGCGAAACAAGCGGUCUCUUCUGAAAGCUUAUAAGAACAAAGAGCUUAAUGUUGAGACCUUAGUGGUGGUGGACAAAAAAAUGAUGCAAAACCAUGGUCAUGACAACAUUACUACUUAUGUCUUAACUAUACUCAAUAUGGUUUCUGCUUUGUUUAGAGAUGGAACAAUUGGAGGCAAUAUUAACAUUGCAGUUGUUGGCUUGAUACUUUUGGAAGAAGACCAGCCAGGGCUCAUGAUCAAUCACCAUGCUGACCACACAUUGAGCAGUUUUUGUCAAUGGCAGUCUGGGCUGAUGGGAAAGGAUGGAAGCCGCCAUGACCAUGCCAUUCUAUUGACAGGCCUUGAUAUUUGUUCCUGGAAAAAUGAGCCGUGUGAUACCUUGGGAUUUGCCCCAAUCAGUGGAAUGUGCAGUAAAUAUCGCAGCUGCACUGUUAAUGAAGAUACUGGGCUUGGACUGGCUUUUACUAUUGCGCAUGAAUCUGGACAUAAUUUUGGCAUGAUCCAUGAUGGAGAAGGAAAUAUUUGCAAAAAAUCUGAAGGCAAUAUCAUGUCCCCCACACUGGCAGGGCACAAUGGGGUUUUUUCCUGGUCAUCUUGUAGCCGUCAAUAUCUCUACAAAUUUCUAAGUUCUGCUCAGUCUUUAUGUCUUGCUGAUCAACCUAAGCCUGUGGAAGAGUACAAGUAUCCAGAGAAGCUUCCAGGAGAACUGUACGAUGCAGCUAUUCAGUGCAAGUGGCAAUUUGGAGAGAAAGCCAAGCUGUGUAUGAUGGACUUUAAAAAGGAUAUUUGCAAAGCAUUGUGGUGCCAUCGAGUUGGAAGAAAAUGUGAAACCAAAUUUAUGCCAGCUGCAGAAGGGACAAUGUGUGGUUAUGACAUGUGGUGUCGUGGAGGCCAGUGUGUGAAAUAUGGUGAUGAAGGACCUGAGCCCACCCAUGGUCAUUGGUCAGAGUGGUCCAGGUGGUCAUCAUGUUCCAGAAGCUGUGGAGGAGGCAUUUCUCAUCGUGAACGAAACUGCACUAAUCCAAGACCAUCUCAUGGAGGAAAGUUCUGUGAGGGUUCUCCUCGGAUGCUGAAACUCUGCAACAACCAGAAAUGCCCAAAGAACAGCAUUGGCUUCAGAGCUGCCCAGUGUGCAGAGUUCAAUAGCAAACGAUUCAGAGGAUGGAAUUACAAGUGGAAACCAUACACUCAAGUGGAAGAUCAAGAUUUAUGCAAGCUCUACUGUAUUGCAGAAGGAUUUGAUUUCUUCUUUUCCCUGUCUAACAAAGUGAAAGAUGGGACACCAUGUUCAGAAGAUGGCCCUAAUGUUUGUGUAGAUGGGAUUUGUGAGGUUGUUGGUUGUGAUCAGGUCUUAGGCUCUAGUGCUGUGGAAGAUGCGUGUGGAGUUUGCAAAGGAGACAAUACAACUUGUAGAAUUUAUAAGGGACAGUUCACUAAACACCACCUUACAAAUCAGUACUACUCAUUAGUCACCAUUCCUGCAGGAGCACGAAGGAUUCGUGUGUAUGAAAUGAACACCUCCCACUCCUAUCUUGCUGUUCGUGGUUCCAAUAAAAAAUAUCAUCUCAAUGGAUACUGGACUGUCGACUGGCCAGGGAAAUACAGUUUUGCUGGAACAAUAUUUGACUAUCGAAGACCACAUAAUGAACCAGAGACAUUAAGUGCUUCUGGACCAACAAAUGAAAGCCUUGUAAUUGAGCUUCUCUCCCAAGGUAAAAACCUAGGAAUUGCUUGGGAAUAUUCCCUUCCUAAGGUAGAACAUGAAAGAAUGACAGCCAUGAAACAUAACUAUACAUGGACCACGAUCCAUUCCAAAUGCUCAGUCUCAUGUGGAGUAGGUCAAAUGGUCAGGAGAGGAAGCUGCUACAAAGACCUGCAAGCAGAAGUAGAUGCUUCUUUUUGCAACUCCAAGAAUCAACCAACUACUGGAAUUAUACCUUGCAAAAUGCCAGCUUGUCCUCCCAGCUGGUCUAUUGGCAACUGGAGUGAGUGCAGCUUGACUUGUGGAGCAGGGGAGAGGUUUCGAUAUGUUCGCUGCAUGCAGAAAAUUCAGCACAAGCCAGAAUGGGUAUCAGAUUCCCUAUGUCGACUCCCUGCCCCAGUCAAGAGGGAGCUUUGCAACACCCAAAGCUGUCCACCUGCUUGGAGAACAGGUCCCUGGUCUGAGUGCUCUCGGACAUGUGGCAAAGGCUGGAGAAAAAGAGUAGUUGUGUGCAAAAGCUCCAGCCCGUCUCCUUGGGCUCCACUUUUGCCUGAUGGUGCCUGUAUAGCAGAACUGAAACCAAAGAUGCAAGAAGCCUGCCUCCUGAAGCGAUGCCAUAAACAUAAGAAGCUACAGUGGUUUGUAUCUGCAUGGACUGAGUGCUCUGUUACAUGUGGAAAGGGAAUGCAGAGGAGAACCCUGAACUGUGCAGAAAAGUAUGUGUCUGGGAAGUAUAGAGAACUUGCUCCUCGAAAGUGUUCCCACCUACAAAAACCAAACGUAGAGCUGGAAAAAGCGUGCCUCUUAAAUCCAUGUCCCAGGCACCCUGCAUAUUCACAAGUAAAUCAGGGCAGCUGGUUUUCAUCUUCUUGGUCUCAGUGCUCAGCAACCUGUGGAGGUGGCAUGCAGGUGCGGUCUGUUCAGUGCCUUGCAAAUGGGAGGUCAGCCACUGGAUGUCUUUUGCAUCAGAAGCCUGUUGCCACACAAGCUUGUAACACCAACUUUUGUGCCCCUCCUGAAAAACAAGAUGCCUUCUGUAAGGAUUACUUUAAUUGGUGUCACUUGGUCCCCCAGCAUGGUGUUUGCAAUCACAGUUUCUAUGGAAAACAGUGCUGCAGGUCUUGCAUCAAUUCAAAUUUGUGAGAACUUGUCUAAAAUAUGAAGAGUGCAAAAUGACUGUGACUCCUAACUUGGGGCUGUGCCCAGUGAACACAGGGGUCAAGAAUGACUGCAGUUUCCUCUGAAACUUAAUUCUUCAUUAAUCAGUGAUCUCAGAAACAAAAGUGUAGUCAGAAACUACUCAGAUAAUUGUGGUGCCUCAAAUGUCCUUUUCAGUAUUCUGAUGUGACCCACUCAGCUGUUUCCAGGUGGGAAUCCUAUCCUUCAGUUGUGUGGACAGAAAUGACUCUCAAGGAACAAGGAGCACAUUCUCCCCCUAAACUAUUGCAAGGGGAAGCUGAUCCUUAGAGAUGCUGUUGAAGAGCUGCCUAGAAAAGAAAUAUCUGAAAAACAUAGCAAAGAUAUUAAUUGAGCAUGAGAGUGGACUUUGUUUCUUUUUUACCUCAGUUUCCAUUGUUAAAUAACCAUUCUGGGCAUCUUCUACUGGGAUGUUCUCUGGUGUGAACCACCUUGAAAUCUCUGGGAACACUGCAAGAGGACUAAUGCAUGGGAGCAUUUUCAUGGUGCACGGGCACAAGAAAUCCACCAUGGAUUGUGCCCAAAAUAUUUAUUACAUUUUUCUGAUGUUCUGGUUCAGCUCCCAGUCAUUGCGUAGAACCACAUGCAGGAGAUGAAAGCCUUUGAUGGCCUAUUGCUGCUCUCCUGCAGCCACAUACCAGUGUCAGAAUCUGUGAAUGCCCUAUGGAAAUGAAUACUGUAAUUGAUUAUAGCAAUUGAAAUAUACUUGAGGCACUUUUGCCAAUAAAUAAAUCUGAACUGCUUUAGUUAGCUCCGUAGCUUAUAACAAAUAUUGGGGAGGAAGGGAGACAAAAACCUCAGGGUGCCCUUUCUCUUUGUCAGCCUUUGGGACAUAAUAAGAUCUUUUAUAUUUGUUGUUUUCAUGUGAGUGAUCUUAUUUAAACAGCCUUGUUUUAUGCUUUACUGCUAAGUAUAAAAGGUGUCCUGCCAUCAGUGUUACUCAAGUGGCUGAUUAUACCAAAACUAUGUUGUUUGCAUUUAAACCUAAGGUACUACCAUGUUAGAUUCCAGCACUAUAGCAGCAUAAUACACUUAUGAAAUCUUUCUCUUUCCAGGGUUUUUUUCAUUGUAGUAGAGCAGAAAACUUCAGAGCAGCCCAGAUUUUUUUUCUGGAAUCCUAUCCCAAUUAGAUUAAAAUCAUUGAAUCAUUUUUGAAUGAUGAAUCAACCUGUUAAGUAAAAAUCCUAUGACUAAUAAUAGAAUUUUGGCCAUUAGAGGCUAUGUAUGUCCUGCAAUUCUACAAAAGUUUAGAAAUACAUAUAUAUAGCAUUGAGCGUGAAAUGCUGAUUCCACACUGCUAGAACAAUGGGAAUUGCCAUUUCAGGAAUCAGCUCUCAUCCAACAAACGAUGUCUGUAAAAUAUCUUGAAAUACACGAGCAAUAGGUCUGUGUUUAAGAUAGGACUUUGAUUCUAUUCAUUGUCCUUGCACCACACAAUUAGCAAAAACAAUUCAUUUUGAAAAAUAGGAGAAAAUAUGUAAAUGUGUAUUUUUUGCAAAAAUUAUAUGGGUCAUAACAUUUUCUUAUGCAGACUUGCCCAUUUUGUUUGCUCUGAAUAAGAAUCACUGACAAAAAUGUGUUCUGCAGUUAACAGCAUUUGGUGCUUAAGAUUUUUUGGUGCUGUCAAUCCAAAUGGGAAUCUCCACUAUUUAUAUUAUCUGAAAUCUAAUAAAUUUUUAUUUGUUUCUGUAA